UCCCCUUACGGGAAAAUUUUUUAAGCUAGAAGUUAAAAGGAUAAAAGAAGUUGAGCAACAUACUACAGUAUACGCUGUACCUUUCUCUGCUCUCAGCUUGAUUGAUGUAUCGAUUGAAUCAUUCGUCUAUCUGUCGUUUGAUUCUGUGGUAGAAAGAGAGAGAGAGAGAGAGUUUGCCAUGACAAAGAUUUCCUCGAUGAACCGCCACGGUUGUCCCAGCUGGUCUCUGGUUGUUCUGUUUCUUCUUCUGUUGCCACUUUUCUCUGGUGCCUCUUCUUCUACUACCGGUACUACUACUAGUAGUCGAGAUGAUGAUGAGAAACACCAGUAUCACAUUGGCGACAUGGAAUGUCAUUUUUUGGAACAACCGUUGAAUCAUUUUCACGUCCCCAAGGAAGAGUCUCCCACGUACCGACAACGCUACUGUAUCUACAACAAGUUUGUUGUUAUGACCAGUACGGCUCCCGUCUUUUUCUACACGGGCAACGAGUCUCCUCUCGAGCAGUACAUUAACCAUACCGGCUUGAUGUGGGAAUUGGCGCCCGUCUUUGGCGCGGAAAUUGUAUUUGUGGAACAUCGCUAUGAAGGUCAGAGUUUGCCCGCCUUUGAUAUCCCCCACUGCCUCGCGUAUUCGUCCAGCAAACAAGCGAUUGAAGAUUAUGCGCGUUUUUUGGAGUAUCAUCAAUUCCUCAAUACAACUACUACUACAGCUUCUAUAAGAAGACCCGUCAUUGCCUUUGGAGGAUCCUACGGAGGAAUGUUGGCGGCUUGUUUUCGCAUGAAGUAUCCCUCCUUGGUCACGGGCGCCAUUGCCGCUUCGGCUCCCAUUUGGGCAUUGCCACGGACCAAUCCCACCAUGAUUGAUGGAGCCUAUCGAGUGUUGCAACGAGGAUUGCAAUUGCCUUAUCCACCCACAAGCAAAGCGUCUCCAACAACUGAAAAUCAUUGUGCCACCAAUCUACUCGCCACCUGGCCGCUCCUCCAGUAUCUCUUUUCUCAUGCCAAUGGAAGUCGUGACCACCUGACAGACUGGUUUCGAUUGUGUCGACCCUUGGGCAGUCAUGAUUUGGGACAUUUGACCGCAUGGAUUCGAUCCCCGUGGUUUGAUUUGGCCGAAGGAUCCUUUCCGUAUCCGUCGUCCUACAUUCCCUUUGCCCUCUUGCCCGAGAAAUAUGACAAGCAUGGCAAUCUGUUGAAACUCCCACCUUGGCCCACACAAGCGGCUUGUUGGAAAUUUUCCCAAUUGCAUCGCGAUUGGGGCAUUCGGAUUCACGGCAAUCUGUCGAAUGUCCGCUACAACAUUUCCUAUGCGCUCGACUCUACAACUACCAAGAACUUGACACUGGCGAUUGAUUGGGAUCAAAUGACCAUUGUUCAUAACGAUGACCGCCACCAGGAUACUAUGCAGGUCUUGGAAUCGCCGCAGAUUCAAGGACUAUUGACCAGUGUACGAGAUGCCGUCGCCGUUUGGUAUAACAUUACACACGAAGAGCCGUGCUUCAAUCUCACACCGGCCAACAAUAUCAAUAACAACGACAGCAAUCGACGAGGAGGGCUCUUGCAACAACACCGAAAACGAGGACUGUAUCAUGGGACCGACAGCCUAGCCUUGAAAGACCGCCGCAAUCUACGAGACAGGAAAAACGCCACGGAACAAUGUCGCGAACGCAUUCAACCCGAUGCCGCCAGUUGGCCCGCACUCUGUUGCAACGAAGAAAUGAACAUGAUCAUUACCGAAGCCAUUGGAUUGGGACGAGACAUGUUUUGGCCGCCCAACUAUCCAAGGGGGACACGGUCGCAUGCCGAUGUCAUUCGACACGACAAUCAUAAUGACAACAACAAAGGCCCACCAUCGUUUUGUUUGGAUCCACAAGGUAUUUUUGGCUAUUCCCAGCUCCCCGCGGAUCCCUGGUCCAUACGAUUGGAUACGUACUAUGGAGGCACACGGAUUGCCAAUAACGCGUAUUCCAAUAUUGUCUUUUCCAAUGGGCUACUCGAUCCAUGGAUGGCCGGAGGAGUCAAUGUCCCGGACAUCUCUUCAUCAUCAGAACUGCCGAUGUACGAUGGACCCAUGGUGCGACCCAUUGGCAAGGAUAUGAUUGCCCUCAUUAUUGAAUUCGGAGGACAUCAUACCGAUCUCAUGUACAGCAAUGAAAAGGAUCCGGAAUGUGUCACCAAGGCACGGGAAAUUGAAAAGCAAUACAUUGCCAAGUGGAUUGCUCAAGCACAAAACUCGAACGACGACCACCAGGAGGAAUUGUAGCUACGUUGGCCCGUGAUCUCGACAAAAAGGCAAGGGGAACCAGCCGUUUCGUCGUCGUCAUCACGUCUAUGUUUAGAAUCUUUUGCAUAACGUCCUCUCCCUGUUGUCUACCGGGCUUUGUUCUCUUCUUUCUGGUUUUCGGGAGUUCGUCGGGCUGCAAGCGAGCA